AAGAUAUACUUUAUCUCUGUUAGUUGAUUCUAUAACCUGAAAAGAAAAUGAUUAUUUUGAAACUUAUACUUUUACACUUUAUUCUAGUGUUUGCCGAGAGUAAAACCUUUAUCAAGGGUUUCGGAGACUUCGAAUGUCCAGGUCCAGGUAUAUGGGCUGACCCUGCUAACUGCCAAUGUUACUAUAACUGUGCUAACAGUAUACCAUACCAUACUUGCUGUUCUGAUGGGACUUAUUUCGAUGCGGUAUAUAUGGACUGUGAUUAUGAGGACAAGGUUGAUUGUGGUUCAAGACCGGAGCCUGGAGGAAGCACUAGGCCACCAACAACAACAACCGCAACUUCAACAACAACAAUUAAAACAAGCUUUGGUACCACAACAACAUCACCAACAACAACUUCAACCACAACAAUAGGAACAAGUUUUGGAACCACAACAAUAUCAACAACAACAAUAAGAACAAGUUCGGGAACCACAUCAACAUCAACAACAACAUCAGGCCCGUAUCCAGGAUUUCCCAACAAGGUUCUUGGCUUGUAUAUUCUCCUAGCAGAUGAUACAGAAACUGGUUUGCUUUGGUAUGGAACUAAUGAAGAUUGGGAGCCUUUACUUUACCCCUACCAACAGACUGGUGCAAAUGUUCUGUUCUUCACUUUUAUAAACCCUGCCACGAUGGAAAUACCACUUUCUUUUAAAAAAUUAGCUUCAACCCGUGGAACAAACACUGAUGGAGCAGUGCCUAAAGAUACUCUUAUCAUCUUUGCUAUUGGAGGAUAUCAAUACAGUAUUGAUCCCAACCCUUGGCAGUGGUUAACUAGUAAGCAAGCUGCUGAAGAUAUGGCGGUCCAGGUUGCUAGAUGGAGAGAUGACUACGGAAUAGAUGGAAUAGAUUUAGAUAUAGAGGAGGGAGCCGGCGGUCAAACUGCCGCUGGUCCAAACCUUCUUCAUUUCAUCAGAAAGCUGAAAUCAAUCCAUCCUGAUCUUUUGGUCAGUCAACCUACUUACGGAUAUCCCCAGGUAAAAGCUGAGAGUGAUGUUAUAAAUGGAAGCUGGAAGCCAGGAGGUGAUUCUACAGGGUUAGCUGAUAGUAUUGGUUUGAUGGUGUAUGAAGGAACCCAGGCUCUAAUCUAUGUCAAGAACUAUGCUGCUGGAUCUUCACAAUGGGAUGGAUUCCCUAUAAAGGUAGAUGUCCCUAAACCGCAGAUACUACUAGGUUGCAAGGGUUCCUCUAACCCCUCUGAUAUCUUGUCCCUGGCUGAAGAGAGUGGAAAGCAGGAUUUGAUGGGUAUAAUGGUCUGGUACAGCUCAGUCAGGAAUGGCCUAAAAUAUGCAGAAUCAUGGGACUCUACUGGCAGAACGGAAAGUGAAGAAGCAUAUACUGCUGCAAUGGAGUACUUUGCUCAGUUCAACGCAAGAAAAUAAGAAAUGUGAUAUAUAAUUUUAUGAUUAUAAAAAACUUAUUUUAUUGGCUUAAAUUUUAUAGGUUUUAGUAAUAAAUUUUACUUAUUAGAUGGAAA